AUGAACGACAAUCGUCCGUACGGAUCAUCACGAACGAAGCGAAAGGAUCGAGAAUCAUCAUUGUUUCCUCCGGCGAAACGGCCUCCGCCACCGCCUCCGCCGCCGCGCGCGACGGUGAAUACAUCCAGAACCACCACCGCAGCAACGAAACCUACAACAGAGAUGAAUAUGAUGACGUCAUCUAACAAAUUACUAGCAGGUUAUAUGGCGUAUGAGUUUCUGACGAACGGAACAGUGUUAGGGCACAAAUUCGGUACCGAUCGGUCUGAAACGACGGCGUUUAGCGGUAAUGAGAGGUAUGAGCAGAUUACGAGUUUGUUGAUGGUGAAAACGGAGGGUGGAGAUCGGAUUUCAGGCGUUGUGAAUCCUACAGAGCUUCAUCGUUGGAUUGAAAUGUAA